CAAAAAUGUCGCAAGCAGGUUCGCAAGCGCAGGGCUCACAGUCUGCUUCCUCCAGCAGCUCAAGUAGCAAUAUCCCGGUGCGUCAAGAGUGCAACAUUCCAGGCAAGGCCCGAUGGGUCCUUUGGCGAACUACGUUUGAAAUAGACGAAAAAUACCAACCUAUCAAGGCAAUUGGCAAGGGUGCUUAUGGCGUAGUUUGCUCUGCAAAGAACUUACAAACUAACGAGAAGGUUGCUAUUAAAAAGAUCGGAAAUGCUUUUGAGAACUUAACGGACGCACGGCGGACUCUGCGCGAGAUUAAGCUGCUACGGCACCUGAAGCACGAGAAUGUGAUCGCCGUCAAGGACAUCCUCAAGCCACCGUCGAAGGACAAGUUCAACGAUGUCUACUUGGUUUACGAGCUUAUGGACACGGACCUUCACCAGAUCAUUCGCUCGUCGCAGCCCCUUACAAACGAACACUUCCAAUAUUUCAUCUACCAGGUGCUGCGGGGUCUCAAGUACGUGCACACCGCAAACGUGCUUCACCGUGACCUCAAGCCCAGCAACCUUCUGCUGAAUGCAUCCUGCGAUCUGAAAAUCUGUGACUUUGGACUGGCGCGAACCAGUGCGGAGCAAAACAAUUUCAUGACUGAAUACGUCGUCACGCGCUGGUACCGCGCGCCCGAGCUGCUAUUGUCAUGCGAGACGUACAACGCCGCGAUCGAUAUGUGGUCGGUAGGCUGCAUCAUGGCUGAGCUGCUUGGCCGCAAGCCGCUGUUCCCGGGGAAAGACUACGUGGACCAGCUAAAGCUCAUCAUCAAGACACUAGGUCCGCCGUCGGAGGACGACCUCACGUUCAUCAGGAGCCAAAAGGCGUGCGCCUAUAUCAGGGCGCUUCCACCUUCCGAGAAAGUAAAUUUCCGCAGGAAGUUCCCAGAUGCGGAUCCACUGGCGAUUGACUUAAUGGAGAAGAUGUUGCAGUUCGACCCACGCAAGCGGAUCGACGUGCACCAGGCGCUCAAGCAUCCCUGGCUGGCGCAGUUGCACGAUGAGGCAGCAGAGCCGUGCGCACCGGGUGAGUUCGUGCUUGACUUUGACGAGGCGAGCCUUACAGAGCAGAAUGUGCGUGAGCUUAUUUACGAGGAGUUAAUUACUCACUAUCACAGCUGAAGUGUUUCGAGGUUUUCACGCAUUGGCAGUUUCACGCAUUGAAUGGCGUGGGAGGCACCGGUGAAGCGCUUAAUUAUUUUAGCAGGGUGUCGCGUGCGGACAGUGCCAUGGCACUGGCUUUUCUAUCGGGAAAGUGAUAAUAAUUAUUCCAAGACUUGUCCUGUUGCACUUACACUGGCGUUUGUAUCGGCAGACAUUAGACGACCCAUUCGAACACUGGCAUUUCGUGACGUGACAUUUAGAAAGGUCAUUCUCGCAAGCGGAUUUAGCUCAAGAGAACCCAUAGCAUCUAACAUCCAUACAUCUGUGUCGUACAUGAUAUCUAACUGCCGGUGAUGAACAUAUCGCAUUAAGCACUUUAGUUCAGAAGCUGGAACGACCGGAUGGUCGUCUGAAGCUUCUCCUUCAUCUUGUCCCAGCGCCGCUCGUUAGCGCCUGUCGUCAACGUGUAGAAUGUUCCUACACGGAAGACGGGACAUGGAAGACGGGAAUGCCCAUGUAAGUAGAGCCAAGGAGGGCAACUUGCGAGUCAAUAGCGGGCUGUAGAGAGUGUGCGACGCGCGAAGGAUGAUUCGCUAGAUUGACGAAUUUGAAGGGUGUUUUAAAGGUGGAUGUAACAAUACGACGCGCUUACCGUUGUUGCAGGCCACAACCGCCAGCUGGUGACGAGUAUAACGUGGGUUAGAAGCCGUGAACUCGAGCUCGUAGUAGUUAUGCCCCUUAAGCUCGCGCUGCAAUGACAGAAUGCGGGAUCCGUAAAGACGGUGUCUUG